GUGGUGGUUUCGGUGGUUCAGGGGAGCGAGUUACCGGAUCGAGAAUGUUGUGACUCCGCGCCGCCGCCUCCACCUCACUACCUCACCGUCACUUCCACCUCCACCACGCCCACCCCGCCCGCGCCCACGCAUGGAGGUUUGGUCGGACCGCCGGAGGAGCAGGAGUCCCUCAACUGCCUGUUUGCGAAGGAGCUUUGUGAUAAGGACGCUAACUGCUCAGCGCUCCUUAAGGUCAUCCCAGUCCUGUGUGGCCCCGAGCUAGUGGCGUGCUCGACGGUGACUGUGACGCGUUGUGAGGCAGCCCUCCGUACCCUCGCUCUUUUCCCUUGGUUCUCCCCCAACUGCGUGUGUCGCCAGGAGCCUCGUCUAGCGCCGCAGUGCAAUGACUUCAGGGAUCUUCUCUUUGACCAUCCCUGCCUCUUCUUCUCCAGAAAAGAUGAAGAUUCGGUACCUUUACCUCACAUUCCGGCGUGUGGGCGAGCCUCGGACAUCUGCAGAGACACGCGUUGGUGCAGCUCCCUUCUAGACCGCUUCAGGGACGCGUGCAAAUUCAGGGACGGCCAUUGUCGAAAGCGAGACAGGGCGCGGUGUGUGGAGGCGUGGAGGCAGAUGAGAAACACGCCCCUGGUCGGCUGCAUCUGCCCUGACGGAGGAGAUAGAAAGUGUUCCCGUGUUUACUCAAUGUUCAAUCACAACCCUUGCCUUGGAGACGAGUACCCCGCAAGAGUGGCUGCAAUGUCCAGAGUCUCGCGGCGCUUAGACACCUCCUUGACGCGGCAGGUGCCCAUCCCGACCUCCGCCCCCUCGCUGCUCGUGGUGUCCGCCUCCCAGACCGACCCCCUGUACCCGCUCUCCACCAUCUAUCACUACCUCCAGCACGUGCCGCAGACUGGCGGGGACGACGGCAAGACCUCGGUGGGGCAGGCAGAUCUCCUCGAAGACACCUGUGACGUGGCCCUUGAACAUUGCUUGGAGGACGAGAACUGUGCGAGCUACAUGAAGCAGAUCCACAGCCAUUGCAAGGCGCACUGCCACCCCGAGGCGUGCCGCAACGCAAUUCACGACCUGUACAAGUCACUGAGGGAGAACAGCGGUGACCUUGCACUCGAGAUUUCCUUCUGUGUCUGCAGACUUCGCGAGGACAGAGAGACCAACGCAUGUCAACAAGCUCAGGAACGCCUCCACCCUUCCUGUGCCCUCAACGUGGAUUCCUUGCCCGUGUCCCAGUGCCACCACUUGGGCCAGGACUGCCGCACCGAUAGGGUCUGCAGGUACAGUCUUGAGCAGUACGAGGUCGGGUGCGCGUCUGACCUGCUCACGGGGGUUUGCGCAGGCAGUGUCGAGGAUUGCAGGCAGGGCGUGGUGGGCCUGCUGGGAACACGCCUACACACAGCCUGCGAGUGUAAGCAGGAGGGAGUGAGGGAGGUCAACCAAUGUCUGUCAUGGAAACGCCUUCUGUGGGGCAACCCGUGUGUAGUCGAGUCUCAGCUUAGUUACCUCAUGGAGAAGAGAAGAGAGAAGAAGGAGGAGGAGAUGAAGAGAAUGAAACAGCAAGAGAAGGCGGAAGCGGAGAGGGUGAAGGCGGAGGAACUGGAGGAGGAAGAGAAGAGGAGGAGAGGAGACAACAAACAAACCCUCAUUUUGCCGGACAAGCUAAACAGGAAGAAAGGAAGAGGAAGAGACAAAAUGGAAACAGUGGAGGCGCGGCUGCCCGGCGUGCUGAUCCAUCCCCUCCCCGAGGCGGAGGACGGCCACCGCAGCCCCAAACUGGGCGUGCUGGUGACCCUGGGGGAAGAAACCGACCCCUUCUCCCCUCCCCCGCCCCCUCCCCCGCCCCCAGACUCCCCUAUCACCCCUGUCACCACCACCACCACCAGCACCACCACCCCGCCACCCACUCCUCCUCCCACCACUACUACUACCACUACUACCACUACUACCACAACUCCCCCCGCCGACUACCACUACUACUACCAGUACGACGACGACUACGACCACCACAACUACUACUACGACGACUACUACUACUACUACCUCGCCCACCACGACGCUUCCAGAUAAAUAUUGUAAGAUUGUGAGGGAAUGGGAAUCUCGUCCGCGUAUUUUAGAAGUCGAAGAAAGCACAAGGUUGUACGUGAAGGGAGACAAGGACUGUACGGAGAUUUGCUUCUGUGAGAGCGACAAAUCUGUGAAGUGCAAGGUGCUGGGCUGCAUCGAGAACAAGCCCUGCGAGACCAGCUAUGCCGUGUAUAACCACAACGCCCCCGCAUACCAAUACAACAGGGGCCAGUGCAUCUGUUACUCCGGGGACUUCAUCUGCAUGAGGCCGCGGACGAAGGAUUACCAGCAGCAGCUUCCAAUGGGUCUCUUCCUUAUGGUGGGCUUCAGCAGGCAGGAGGAAGCCAUCCUGAGAGCUGAGACUAAUGGAGGAGUGUUGGAUGCCCUUUACCCGCUCCAGACGAUGUUCAGUACUCUGUCUUCUGAGAUGGGAGAGGAGUGUCGUCUAGACCUUCUCCAACACACCCAGGACAACUUGGUGCUUCAGGUUCGCCACGUGCAGCUCUCCUCAGGCAUUAGCGGCCAUAACUACAACCGCUACAUGCUGCAGGAGGAAGUGAACCGGUGCGAGAACCCACUGAACGAGCUGGUGGACAUGAUCAACAGGAGAGACCACAGAAUCCACCACCACGUGCGUCUCUCCCUCUUCGUCUUGGCUGAGCUGAUUGACACGCUCCCCAACCCACAGCAGUUCAACGCCGCCCCUGCGCCUCGUUUGGCUCCCGCGGACGGCUGGGUGUGGGCGUGGAGCGUGGGCGUGGCGAUGGUGCUGGCUGGGAGGGUCGUGGGCGGCCAUAGCGCUGGGUUCGGUAACUUGCAGGUGUUGGUGGAGAGUGUAGAGGAAGUUCUGGGAGGCUUCAGUCACGCGCUGAGAACAAAGGCGGCUCUCCCUUGGGCGUCCUGCAGAGCCUCGUGAUGGCGGGAAAGUUUCAGCUCAAGAUAGAUUUUUUUUACACCAUCACCUUCCCCUGAGUGGAAUGUGGGAGUCGCGUGUGGAUGUGUGGAGGGGACGCGGGUAGAGCGAGAGCGGUGCAGCGUGGAGUGGAGCGAGAGGAACUUGUAAGAAUGUGUAACUUUUCAGUCCGGCGGGUGAGUGAAAACAUGUAUAACUUUUGUUUCGAUGGCUCAGGAUGAUAAACGCGGAAAAUAAAUCGUGAGGGAGGAGAGACUGAUGUACGGCACGUGUGUGUGUGUGUGUGUGUGUGUGUGGGACCGUUACCCUGUCAAAGGUCCAUAUUCUGAACCACUUCUGUGCCGCACCUAUACUACUUUCAAAAGGCUCAAGUCGAAGUUACACAAGGUUUUAAGGGUGUUUUUAGUUUUAAUGACAGAUUAACAAGAUCGAAUUAUUAACAGGAGAAGCACUCUUGAAAACCCAGCUAAUCAUCUCUGAGGCCUUUGAGAGUAAUCGUUGUGCGGGAGAGCAGAGCGUUUCUGAAUACAGGCCUAACCACCGCGUCCCGAGUCGCAGUGCACCAACACACCCGCCAUGCAAGUAAAUAAAAGAUAAAGGUGGCGAGGCUGGUGUAGUGCUAGAGAUGUGUGAUGCUGUCCCGCGCUGUCCACACCAUAGAGGGCAGCACUUGGGCGUCAGGAAAUUGGUGUUUUCUUGCCCCCGGUAGCAAAUGUGGAGUCGAAAGAAGUGGAUGGAACAAUAAUGCUGGCAAUAAAUGGACGAAUGCUACAUGAUCUCACUUAUGUGUCAAAACAGAGCUCAGUAAGUCUAUAUAGAGGUUCAGGUCAGCCUAACGAUGGCGUAUAUUCUUUUAACUGUGUCGGUGUUGCAUUUGUGUCAGAUGUAAGCAAGGUGCAUCUUCAAAACUGCGUGUGUUAUGCCCCAGAGAGAAAGGAAGGAUGCACGUACUGGCUCUCCACUCGUUCAUAUAGCAAAGCCAUGUCGCGUAAAUAAGAAAGAAUGACCUAAUGACCCACGCGAUUCACACACGAGGGCGCUGAGCUGCACGUGUGAGUGAGUGGCUGGCGUGCGUCCGUCAGUGUUGCCGCUUGGACCUCUCCGCCAUACAACACUCAGCUAACGUUGUUGUCACACGAACAAAAUCUCAUCACUUUUCUCCCCCUUACCCCUUACAACCCUCCUCCGAAAAUGCAUAUAUAUAUUUUUAGGCGGUUUUGGAUCAGUAGUGUAUGACAUUUUGAAAUUCUUGAUAUAUAAAUCAUACUAAGGUUGGAUCGCGUCGGUGUGAAGGGUGAGGGGGAAGGCGCCGCCAGCCCGUCGAGUCCAGACAGCCGCGUGGUGCUGUCAUCAGGCGUACGGCGCCCAGCCAUGUACAAACCUCAUCUUACGCUUAUGCUUUGUCUGUCGUAUAGCCAACACUCACUCGGAACCCGUAAAUUAAGCGGUUAAAAAGAACAAGCAUACCGAACCAUUUAAGCUGUUGGAUGUGUAAUCGCUUGUCAAUCUCACUGAGUCUCCAUGAUUGUAUUCUGUCGUGUUCUGCUGUGGCCGACAUCCCUUCCUGUUAUGAUUAGGGGCACUGUGGCCCGCGUGGCUCCGCAGGGCCGCGCCAGGACUUCGUUAAGUUUUCAUCGAUUGUCUCUCGGCGUGUGUUAUCCAGCCUGACAGCAACAAAUCCCAAGGCUAUGAAAGAAUAUUGGAUUUUAUGUCAAAGUUUGCUUAUGUUGACAUAUUUGCUUGGAACGCUGACUCAUUAACGAACAUACCAAUUUGUGAACUAUUUGCAGUAGACUAACAAAAACAAUGAACACCAGUUUUAGUCAAACUUUUGUUUCCGUCAUUAGGUGACAGCAAGCAUUUGUUUUCAUGGAAUUUUUUGGCUGUGAAAUCCCACCCCCUCACCCUCCCUUUGGGCCACGCCUCUGCCGGCUGCCCCGCUCCCUGAGGCUUGCAACGUGGAGGCGUGGAGCGUGCUGGCGUGGAGGCGUGGAGCGUGCUGGUGUGGGCCCUAGCGAGGCGUCACCGUCUGGCCUCCAUGGUGCCGGGUGGUCCUCGGGGCCUCGUCGUCAGCCGGAGAAUGGUCGCAUGUCCUUCACACGCCCCGACAAUUUCACUCUGUGUACAUAGGUGUGCAUGUCAUGUUAUGUCCGUCAAAUAAUAUGUUUUACAAUAAAAACAAAGCAACUGC